GGUGGCCAGGGUUGAAGAUGGGAGUGUAAGGAGCGCCAGACUCCUGGACAGAGUGGGGUCAAUUUUCCCCUUAGUCACUGUCCUCUCCCCUCCCAAAUGGCUUCCCAUCUCGCUGGCUGGGGUGAUUCGGGGGUGACUCAGGGACAUCCUACACACCCCUGGAUUCUCUGGAAAUGGCAAGGGGUGGUGUGCUGUAUACCCCGGCCACCAGCACCCAUGGGAGGGGGGAAGGUUGUAGCAGACCCAGCGCUUGGGGUGGGGGUGGGGGUUGUGUCCCCAGCAUGGCUGAGGAGAGAGGGGUGCUGGGGUCCGUGGAGGAUCUAGAGGCAUGAGAGCCAGAGCUGCCGGGCACCUCUCCUGCCUGUACCCCCUCCCCGGCUGAGCCCUGCAGCCUGGCCCCAGGCCAAGAGCCGGCUCAGCAGGUCCCAGGGGUGUGGUGGCUACCAGCGGUGGAGCCAGCCUACGCUGGCCAGGCAAUCAGCAGAGGCAGCACAGUCCAUCAGGAGCAGCCGAGUGUGUGGCAGCGGGAGCCCAGAGAGGCAGCGUGACCAUGAGCUCUCUGCUCUCCUACGCCCUGCCCGCCCUGGGCAGCUAUGCCAUGCUGUCCAUCUUCUUCCUGCGCCGGCCUCGCCUGCUGCACACACCCUGGGCUCCAGUCUUCCUGCCACGCCUGGGGGCCCACCGAGCAGGAUCUGGAGAACUACUGGAGAACACCAUGGAGGCCAUGGAGAACUCCCUGGCCCAGCGAUCAGACUUCCUGGAGCUUGACUGCCAGUUGACACGAGAUGGUGUGGUGGUGGUAUCUCACGACAAGAACCUGUCCCGCCAGUCAGGCGUGAAUAGGGACGUGAGCAGCCUGGACUUUGAGGAGCUGCCCCUCUACAAGGAGGAGCUGGAGGUCUACUUCUCACCAGGUCGCUUUGCACACGGGUCGGACCGGCACAUGGUGAGUCUGGAGGACGUGUUCCAGAGGUUCCCUCGGAUGCCCAUGAGCGUGGAGAUCAAAGAGGAAAACGAAGAGCUCAUUAACAAGGUAGCAGGCCUGGUGAGGCACUUUGACCGAAAUGAGAUCACCGUCUGGGCCACGGAGAAGAGCUCGGUCAUGAAGAAGUGCAGGGCUGCUAACCCCGAGAUGCCGUUCUCCUUCACCAUCGGCCGAGCUGUCUGGUUGUUACUGCUCUAUUACCUGGGGUUGCUGCCCUUUGCAUCCAUCCCGGAGAGGUUUUUCUUCUGCUUCCUGCCCACCAUCAUCAAUAGGACCUACUUCCCAUUUUCCUGCUCUGGGCUGAACCAGCUGGCAGCUGUGAUUUCCAAAUGGUUAAUCAUGAGGAAAAGUCUGAUCCACCACCUGGAGCAGCGAGGAGUGCAGGCCACCAACAUGAAGUCACUGAGCACAGAGUUGGGUAGUAUUUCCACCUUACACAUUCAGCAGAUGCGAACAACCGCCAGAGCGUAGGUGGUCUUUUGGUGCCUUAAUGAAGAGUCGGAUUUUGAAGUGGCCUAUGGCCUGGGGGCCAGUGGCGUCAUGACAGAUUACCCCACAGCCCUGAGGCGCUACCUGGACAACCAUGGAGGAGCUGCCGAGGCCUCCUAACAGCCCGGAGGCCCUCACCCUCUCCUCUAUUUCUCUUCUUCAAUAAAUAUUCUCUUUUCA